AUGGCGUUCAGAGAGGCGUUAUCUAUGGUAUCUAACGCUACAGGUGAUGAUGAUAUUGUGUCUAUCCCGGACAUCGUAGACGAAAUCAGGUUUCUGAACAAGGCAAGCGGGUCGAACACAGAAGUCCCGCGAGUCAGGUUUGAAAACCCCGUGCUGGGCUUGUCAAAUCUUGUAGACAAGAUCGCUGCACCCGAGUUCAAAAAUAGUGCUGCGGUUUCCACUGAACGCGGUAUACCAACGAGCUCUGGAAAAGCCAAGCGUAAAACAGUCGCGCAGGUCCACAGCGCGGGUGUCGCUACGUCUAAACGUAAACGAUCAAGAUCUCCCCCACGAUCGACAGACGAGUCAGCUGUGAAUGAACCGAGCACUAUAGACUCUUGUUUGAACUGGAAUCAGGAGCUGUUAGAUUCGUGGGACGCAUGUGUAUUUACCCCGGUUCCCGGAGACGAUCUGCCUUCAAACCAAGAAGCAUUUGGUCGCGAUGCUACUGAUGUUAUAGACAAUAACAGAGACUCGGCGGAGGUGAUACGAACCGGGUUCAAGGUCAUCGAGGACCGUAUUGCUGGUUUUGAAAAGACUUUUGCCAGCGUCACCGAGCGUCUGGACAUUAUAGAGAAGAAUCAGCGUCUUUAUAAUCAAAGUCUUGUGGAAACUUUACAAAAACAUACCAUCACACAUAAAGAAAUCAUAGCAAACCAGAGGCGUCUUAUUGGGGAGAUUCGUCGCGUUGAUCACAAUCAACACCUGACGGCGGAAUUGUUAAAACAGUUUGUACAGUUAGUUAAAAACAAGAAACUCGGGUGAGUUGUACAAUAAGUAUUUUAUACCCCUGUGUGUGUGUGUGUAUGUGUGUGUGUGUGUGUGUGUGGUGCGUUUAUUUGCUGGUGUGUAUCUGGUUUACUGUGUGUGAUUUUUACUAGUUUUUGUUUCAAUAAUAAAAAUGUCAAAGCGGUGUGGUGAAAACUCGUGUAAUCUGGGAGCUGCAAUUAAAUUUAGAAGAUGCGACGACGAUGGUCUGUGUACUUUUGAACAGCGUUGCAAUACAGAGACGUUACAGGGUUUAAUUCGGACAAUGGAGGAUCUGAAUAGACAGCAGUCUACCACCGAUACUUUGUUGGACUUAUUAAACAUUGUUAGAUCAAUGGCUGAGGUUCAAACAGAGCCGCUGCCUAAUUCGUUGUUAGACAUCGGUUCAAAUUCGUUGUUAGACAGCGAUUCAAAUUCACAGCAGGUGGGGUGCGGGUCGGACAGUCAAUCGUUUAAUCCUUCGGAACCAAAUUUUGGGUUAUCCGAAGCCGCUAUUGAGUCUAUCGUAAGAGAGGGUGGGUCUGUUGGUGAUUAUACGGUGGUACCGAGACGCAGAUUUAAUGGUUUGGAGAUACGGCGUCGUAUAAACAUGCGUGUGAUAACCGCUCCAGACCUGGCAGCGUACGCUAUAUUUCUGCAUGAUAUCAUGCCUGAAAUAGUGUCGUUUUCCAGACUGCUGGCCGGCGAUGGGGGCUUAAUCAACAUUACCUUGAGAGGCCCUAGUCUACCCUCUGACGUUAACGCUGUCUUGUCACCUGAUAACGAUUACGAUUUGCACAUAUUCACACAACAACUAGAGAACAUUAUGCAGAGUAAUUCUGACGUACGGGCUGAUGAAUGUCUAGAUCUGUACGUGUCUAUAGCUCGCGGUAAACACGGUGGCGCUUAUCGAAAGGUACGUGAUUUAGCUCAUAACGAGGUGAUUGCCAGAAACAGAAUGAAUCUGUUCUGUCCCAACAACAUAUCUAACAAUCUGUGUUUUGCGAUCUGUCUGUCCCAUUUUCUACAACCGCAUGCGUCAUGUGGUGAACUCGAGUCGUUAGCAGCGUCUCUA